UACUGUCCAGGUGGGCCUGAUUCAGAUUUUGAAUACAGCAGUCAAUCAUACACUGGCUACGAGCCAACUUCCAUGAGAGCAAUCAGAGCGAGAUAUGAUCCAUACCUUCAAACAAGGCAUAGAAUUGAACAGUUGAAACAGUUAGGUCACAAUGUGGACAAAGUAGAGUUUAUCGUGAUGGGUGGCACUUUUAUGUCCUUGAAUGAAGAAUACAGAAAUUAUUUUAUCAGAAGUUUGCAUGAUGCGUUGUCUGGUCAUACAAGUGGAUCAGUAGAAGAAGCUAUAAAGUAUUCUGAACGCAGUGUCACACGAUGCGUUGGCAUUACCAUAGAAACCAGGCCCGAUUACUGUUUAAAAAAACAUUUAUCUGAUAUGCUAGGAUAUGGAUGUACCAGACUUGAAAUUGGAACACAAAGCAUAUAUGAAGAUGUUGCUAAAGACACGAACAGAGGACACACUGUGAAAGCUGUUUGUGAAUCAUUUGAAAUGGCUAAAAAUGCCGGUUUCAAGGUCGUAUCCCAUAUGAUGCCUGACUUGCCCAAUAUUGGCAUGGAAAGAGACAUUCAUCAAUUUGUCGAGUUUUUUGAAAAUCCAUUAUUUCGUCCCGAUGGUAUGAAAUUAUAUCCAACGCUAGUGAUUCGAGGCACAGGCUUAUACGAACUAUGGAAAAGUGGUCGAUACAAAAGUUAUUCUCCCAAUUUACUCGUUGAUCUAAUUGCCAGGAUACUAGCUCUGGUGCCGCCAUGGACGAGGGUUUACAGAGUUCAAAGAGACAUACCAAUGCCGUUAGUAAGUUCUGGAGUUGAACGUGGCAACCUCCGAGAGUUAGCCCUAGCACGUAUACAAGAUUUAGGCAACAGAUGUCGAGACAUAAGAACUCGAGAAGUAGGCAUACAAGAAAUACACAGCAAAGUCAAACCAUACGAGACUGAGUUGAUUCGUAGAGAUUAUGUGGCAAAUGGCGGUUGGGAAACAUUCUUAGCAUACGAAGAUCCUCAUCAAGACAUUCUGAUCGGUUUAUUGCGACUUAGAAAGUGUUCAAAUACUUUCAGAACCGAAUUGAAAGAAUCGUGUUCUUUAGUGAGAGAGUUACAUGUUUACGGAAGCGUGGUGCCAGUUAAUUUGAGAGACUCUACUAAGUUUCAACAUCAGGGAUUCGGAAUGUUGUUGAUGGAAGAAGCUGAACGGAUUGCAGUAAAUGAGCAUGGAUCAUCAAAAAUUGCUGUCAUAUCUGGUGUGGGGACGAGAAAUUAUUAUCGAAAAAUCGGUUAUGAAUUGGAAGGGCCUUACAUGACCAAAUUAUUAUCUUUUUCAUAA